AUGGACAGCGGAGGCUGCAGCGAGUGUCCUGCAGAAACGGCUUCGAGAAAAGCGACCUUGGAGCCGCAGUCUCCAACUAAGCUAGAGCUCGGCACCGGCAACGCGACCGUAACGUUCCUCCUUUUUCUCCACACCUUAGGUUUUGGAAUGACCACGCCAGCAACAGUGGCUGGAAAAGUAUUCCUCAUCGUUUACGGUCUUUUUGGGUGUGCUGGGACUAUCCUCUUCUUCAACCUCUUUCUGGAGCGCAUUAUCUCCCUCCUGGCAUUCAUCAUGAAGGCUUGCCAUGAAAGACAGCUGCGAAGAAGUGGUCUCCUACCUCCCAACUUCCGAAGAGGUUCAGCUAUGUCGGGGGUGGGCAGCCUCAUCGGCUGGAAGCCAUCUGUUUAUCACGUGAUGCUCAUUCUGGGAAUUUUUGCCAUCACACUUUCAUGCUGUGCUUCUGCGAUGUACACAUUGGUGGAAGGGUGGAACUACGUCGACUCCUUGUACUAUUGUUUUGUCACCUUUAGCACCAUCGGCUUUGGAGAUUUGGUAAGCAGCCAAAAUGCUGUGUACCAAAAUCAGGGUUUAUACAGAUUCGGAAACUUCAUCUUUAUAUUAAUGGGGGUAUGUUGCAUAUACUCUCUUUUUAACGUCAUCUCAAUUGUAAUCAAGCAACUCUUGAACUGGGUGUUGAAAAAAUUCAGAUGCAGAUGUUGCCCAAAGUGCCAUAAGUCAAGUACCCGCCUUGGGCGUCGCAACGCCAUCACCCCAGGAGCCCGCCUGCGCCGGCACAAAAUCUCCCUGGAGGCUGACGGACAGUACGACAGUGACACAGAUGGCAGGAGGCUCUCUGGAGAGAUGAUCUCCAUGAGGGAGCUCACGGCGUCCAACAAGGUCUCUCUGGCUAUUUUGCAAAAGCAGCUGUACGAGACAGCCAAUGGCUACCCGAGGAACGUUUGUAUCAAUACGAGGCAGAACGGGUUCUCUGCAGGGGUGGGUGCUCUAGCCAUCAUGAACAACCGCUUGGCAGAAACCAGUGACUCUAGACAAAGCAGAUACCUGCAAUACCCAGACACAGACUGAAGCACAAGAAAUGAGAAGGAAGCUGAAGGAGCAAAAUGGGAAAAUGAAAGCACACUGCACUAGACUGCACUUUCUUUUCAGGUAACUUGGGAUUUGUAUUACAGUCUUGAAUAGUUUUUUUCCGGGUUCUAUUUUUGGACAGCCAAAAAGUUAGCUUAGGAUUGGGUAGUUCAUCUUUCCUUAUAUUCACUCCUCUCAUUUUCCUGCUGCAUCACACUGAGACAGUUCCACUACCUGAGGAGCAGCUGUACAGGCAGCAGAAACUCUAACUAACAGGUGCCUGUGCCCCAUGGCUAUAUUUGAGUGGUGGAUGUAUAGCCAAGGCCAUUGGCUUGGUAUAAACCUGAUGGCCUAUGGGAUGAAGUGAUAAGUACACAGAAAUGACCCAUUGCAGUGAGAUCAUUCUUAACCAUUUUGUUUAUUUUUUCUAACUUUUUCUCUCAAAAAAUACUAAUUAUUUAUACAGUGAAUGUUCAACACUAAUUUAAACAAAGUCAUAUUUAGUGCAGUGCUGUUUGCUAGGGAGAUCUACGGAGAGUGGCUUCUGCUCUCAAUGGAUUACUAAUGUUCCUUUCCAAACCAACACACAUUUUCAAUAUUGUAUUUAAAUCAAACAGUAGAAGUUACCUUAUGUGGUAAAUUCAGUCAGGCACAAAUAUGUGACUCUCGCAGGAUAACUAAUGAAAUGUGCACUGUAUGACCCAUAUGCAAACCCUGCACCUCUGUACAUGUUGGCUUUGUUCCUUACAACCGUGGAAUGAUUUGGGUUGGAAGGGAUCGUACAGAUCACCUGGCUGCAAGCACCCUGCCUUGGGAAACGACAGACUAUAUGGCUGUGGAUACUUGGUGAUGUAGGAUGGGAAAGAAAAUAGCAGAUGUACCUACCUUGAUGUACACUGCCACCUGUUGAUCCUUUUACUUCCAAAGCCCUGAGAUGGUCCCACUUGCAGUGCUCCUGCUGUAUCCAGAAGAAUAGGAAGUGUGGAGAAAGGGAGAGAAUCAGAGGUAUUUUCCAAGUAAUGCAGGAGGAAAAAAAAGCAGUCUUUGCUUUCAAUACACACGUGCAUCAUGUUCCAUCAUAAAACCACGGACAACACUACAGCUUGAAGUUGCUCCUGAUGCGUCACAGGCUCAUGUGGGUCAUUCAGAGACGAACUGUGUGAGAUGCAGAGGAAAGGCAGAGGGCUGCACGCUUACAUACACUGCGCUCCAUCCCACAGGCGAGUGCUGCAGGGCCAACCCGGAGAAGCUGAUGACCAGGCGUGCUGCUGGAAAGGCAGCCACGCUGCUCCAUGGCUAAGAUGAGCAAAAUAUUAGGUACACUGCAGGUCCUGAUUUCAACACCUCGGCUCCCCUUCAGUGCCAGCAUCCACACUGCGCUCAGGCAGGGGCCAGCCAGCUCCCAGCCUGCUCCAAGCGUGGGGCAUGAGGACAUCGGUGGGUUCUGAGAUGUGCAGCAUCACAGCCCAAGUGCUUUCAGGAUCAAAUCAUCUAAGAAAUGUGAAUGAGAUGUUCCUGUGACCCUCUCACAUUUCAUAAUGUGUAAGGCAGCAAGUUGAUGCAAAAUAACUGCUUAUAGAAACACAUAAUCGCUGAUAAUUCAGGCAAUGUGCAAUUCAAACACCAGGUGUGUUCUCAGUGCUUGUCAUCUCCUAUUGUUUCUAUUAGGGAAUCAGUUGUAGUCACUGGAAGUAAAAUCCAUCUGGCAGUGGGCAAUAAUUCAUCUCAUUUCAUGGUAAAAUCCUCAGCAGCCAAAAAAUAUCUUAGACCAUUUUGUUGUGUAUGCAUAUACUGUUUAUUUACCAGGAAAAAAAAGCUAUCCUUUUAUUUACACAGACACAAAACUUAAGCUUAUUGGGAGGUACCUUUCUGCACAGUCUUUGCAAAAGUAAUAGCUGCAAAUUUCAAGCCAAUACAAAAGGACUCAACUGUGAAAAGAAUAUAUCUGCUCAAAGGUAUUCCUGUUUAAUUCUCCUUUAUUUUUACUAGGGGCACAGCUUCAUAGGUCUCUGUAACUGAGCUGCUGUUAUUAUUUGUUAUGAUGAACAUCAGAGGAACUUUGCUUCUAUUAAUUCCCCUGGGUUUGGUGUUUGCUGACUGCUGUGUGUCACUGUGUGAACUGGGGAAGGAAUGCCCCAUCCACGCUGGUUUCCUGGUGGCAUCACUUACCCCUUUGCAUUCAUUGCAUUCAUAAAUUCCUGUAAUUGGUUGAUGAGAAAGUACCAAUAUUUGUUCUCCUUGAGAUGAUGCUUCCCAGCAAAACAACAAGUGAAAUAAGUUUGAAGAUUGAAGUCUGUUUAAAUGAUUGACAUUUUAAAAGUGAUUUAAUUCUGGGUUGACAUCCAGCACACCCAGUAAUUGUGAGUGCUUUUAUCGCCCAGCUGAUUUUCAGUGUCAGCUCAGGAUUUUCCCAGGAUAAGAUCUCUGAGCACAGAGGACUAAAAGCCAUACUCAGCUCACUCUACUGGUAUGUUAUAUACAGCUUGCCACCAAACGGAGCAGUCAUGUUUGGCUCCCUUCAUACAUGGUUGGAAAUGGCACUGGGAUCGUUGCCGUGAAGCUCUUACAAAGACUCUUGAAAUAAACAAGAGAAAACAUUGCCUGGAGGACGUGUGUGAGUGUUCUUUGUGGAGCCAGUGCUGAGAGUUCUGCUUCAGUUUCAUUCUCUUUUCUCACUCAGAGGUUGGUGAGAUCCUGGCAC